AUGCCUUGCAGGGUUUGCCCCGGGCAUACAACAGGUGGAUGGUUUUUGUGGGGGCUCUUUUGCUUCAGUGCUCUGGAAGUCCAGGCGCCGCGACCGCCUUCAGAAGGCGUCAGGACCCGGGAGCACUUGCUGAGAGGCCGAGUCACCGAGAAGACGCACCAGAUCCGGACGAGUUUGAUUGCCAGCCUGGAGGAGUGGCUCUUGCCUCAGCUACCUGGGAUGACGUUGGAGACCUUGGCUCGAGGGCACUCAGACGUUUUGUCCGAUUGGCUCGAAGAAUAUAUGGUUGCUAUGUUUCUACAACGCCGCAGCCGUCGAGCUGCAGCCGAGACCUUAAAUGCCCUGGCCCAACGGUUUGGAUGGCUGAGAUCCUCGCUUGCCGCGCCGUGGAAUCUGGUGAAAACCUGGGAGCAGUUAGAACCAGUACAACAUCACCCGCCGGUACCCAAGGCGGUGAACGAUGCACUUGUCGUUACUGCUCUGCUCUGGCGGUGGCCGCGGAUGGCGGCUUUGCUGGUGCUUGGCUUUUUUGGAUUGCUGAGGCCCUCCGAGCUUAUUGGACUACGUCGGCAAGAUCUGGCAUUGCCAGGCGACCACUUCGAAGAAGACGUGCUGUACAUCCGCGUGCCUCAUCCCAAAACCAGAUUUCGGGCUGCAACCUCCCAACAUGUUCGAGUCGAGUUUCCGGGUGUGGCCACGUGGAUCACCUUGGUGGUAGGGACGACCCCGAUGUGGAGGCGGAUUUGGAAUGGCUCUUGGGCCUCGUUUAAGCUGAGGUUUGGAGCACUCCAAACUGAGGUUUUGGGCGCUGUCACUUUCCUGCCGUCCUCGCUACGUCCCGGAGGCGCUACUUUUCUUUUCAGAUACUGGGAUGAGGACCUGACGCGCUUACAAUGGCGCGGUCGUUGGAAGUCAUUCCGUAUGCUGGAAACAUAUGUCCAGGAAUUGGGCGCGACCGAGGUCCUGGUUCGUUUUUCCCCUGGGGUUCGGUGCCGGGUUGGGUCUUUGGGGGGUUGUUUCAUGAAUAUCCUGGCUGCAUGUCGUGAUGCUGCGGGGCGCGUCGAAGCGCGCUUGUAG